UGAAGUGUACGCAAAGUAAGGCAGGGGGUCUGGGGGCCGCCUUGAGGCCCCCAGUGGGUCCAGGGCGAAGCCCUGGUGGGGGCCCAGGGGGCGAAGCCCCCGGAAGCUCCUGGGUUUUAUUGAUUACAAUCACCAAUUUUUUUGAGUAUACACCGGGUAUUUUGGCUGUCAAUUUUCGAAACAAACGAAUUCAAACAAUAGAAUAGACAUGAUGAUUGGAGUUAAUCAUAAAUCGGAAAUACUUAGCGCAAAGUUACACUUAAGGCAAUGACAUAAAAAUGUAAAAAUAAUUUCUCUUUUUCUUUUUUUUUUUAGCAAAUGUGUACGCAGUUGCGUACUUGCGUAUAGGCAGCUACGCGCCUGCCAAUGGACCCAGGCCAUGGGAAGUGGGGUGGGGGAGGGGCAAAAUUCACUGAACUACGUGACGUCACAAAAAUUUGUAUAAAACGUCAUUGACCCACUGUAAGGGGGAAAUGGCAGACGCCAAAACAUGAUUAAAGAAUGGAGGAGAAUGUAACGAAAACAUUUCGACUGUAGUCUACAAUGUUAAAAUCAGUGCUGAUUUGUUCAUUGUUUUUAGUAUGCAUGCAGAACGAAACUACAAGUCGCCGCAAAAGACAAUUUACUACUCCAAACUCGUCAGUGAUUAAUCUAACUGGAAGCACAAAAAUAAUCAGAAGAACAAAUGUGUCAUCUCAUGAUUUAUGUGUAAAGCUUUGUGGUGAAGAAAAAUUAAUUAAAUGCCAAUACUUUAAAUAUGUUGAUGAUCAGAAAUUGUGUUAUCUUUCUGAACGAGACCAGCUGAAUAUUGCUGUGAGUGGAUUUCAACCAAACUCAACAGUUGAUGAUAGAAAUGCAGUGUUCAAUGAAAAGAAACAGUUGCAAGAAUUUGCAGAAUUCUUGCAUGUAUCUGAGAUCAAGGAUGCAGAUCGAAAGCAAAGACCAAAGAUUUUAAAGCGGAAUACAGUGGCAAAAGAAACUAUGGAUAAAGGUCGCCACAAAAGACAAUCUCCUCCAAACUCAUCUGUUGUCAAAUUACCUGGAAACAUAAGAAUAAUAAGAAAAACAAAUGUGUCAUCUCAUGAUUUAUGUGCAAAGCUUUGUGCUGAAGAAAGAGUAUUCAAAUGCCAAUAUUUCAAAUAUGUUGAUGAUCAGAAAUUGUGCUAUCUUUCUGAACGAGACCAGCCGAAUAUUGCUGUCAGUGGACUCCCACCAAACACAACUCCUGACCAUAGAGAUGCAGCAUUCAGUGAAGAGAAACAUCAAAAACACAAGUUACAAGAAAUUGCAGAACUUUUAUCUCGGAUCAAGGUUGCAGAUCAAAAGCAAAAACCAAAAGUUUUAAAGCUGAAUUCUAUGGCAAUAAAACCUAUGGGUAAAGCAUCUGCCCACAUAUCUGCAAAAUCCAGUGAAGAGGAACAACAGAAACGUAAAUUACAGGAAAUUGCAGAACUUUUAUCCAAGAUGAAAGAUGCAUCCCAAAAUCAAAGACCAGUUGUUGUAAACUUAAAUCCAACAAGGACAAAGAUGCCAACCAAUAUUACAAAUACCAUCCACAAAAAGACUAAAGAAACGGCUAUUAGAUUAAAGAAUAUUGAAAAAGAUCUUGCAAAUAUCCAGGAUCUGCGGGACAAAAUUCUUCACAUAAGCAAGACUGUAGUGGGAAAUUUUACAAAGAUUAAGGAAAUGCAAAUAAGGUCAUUAUUGCAUUUUAAUAAAAGAAUGCAUAAUUUAAAUAAAGACCUACUUAAGGCCACGAAAGACAUCCGCAGUAUAAAGGCAUCGAUGAAUGAACUGCAAAUUAAGACCUCGGAUAAAAAAGUUAAAGAAGACAUAGCUUCCCUGCAGAAAAGUAGGGAUACUUUUGAUGCUACUCUAAGAAAAUUGGAAGGAAGGAGUGCCAAUCUUCACAAUGAUAUAUCUCUGUUUCAUCAGCUAAUGAUCAUCAUUGCAAAGAAGAUAGAUGUUCUCAAUAAACAGUCCAGGAAUGAUGCAAAAAUGCAAAAGUUCCAAGCAGUUGCUGUCAAGUCAAUGGAGGAAUUACAUCAACAUGGAAAGAAAAUUCGGAAACAAAUUAAGAGACUUGAACACAACAUAAAACUUGUUGCCCAUGCUGUUAUUCUGUCCCAGAUCGGUGAAACAAAAAGUAAAUCCAUGAUUGAAAAGAUUAACAAAGAAUUACAAGACCUGAAGAAAGCAGUGCAAACCAGUUAUGUCUGGCAAAAUGUAGAAAACCUGGGAGGCUUUAGUCGUAGAGAACAGAGUCCUGAGGUGUCAAAAGAAAUCCAUGGUUUGCUUCAAAAACUUAAAACAUAUGUCGGACGACUUAAUGAAGCCAACAACAAAAGAUUUCAGAUCAUGAAUAAAGGAAUGAACAAAUUUCUCCAAAGGACUGUAGAAUUAGUGGCAAAAAUGGAGAGGAGAAGCAAAUGGUUAGUAGGUCAGAGAGUAGAAAAAUUGCAACAAGUUUUGGUUGAGUCCUUGAAGUCUUUUUCUCGAUGGACUCGGAAGGAAAAAGGGAAAGUAAAAAGUCUUGACAAAAAGAUCAGCGACCUAACUCUUGAAACAUCAAGAAUUUCAGAUGGAAGCCAAAAUUUUGAGAAAGACAACCAUGAGCUGAAAGAAAAGUUGAACAGAAUAAGGAAAAAAGAGAAAAGUUUGGUUCAGUCACUGAAAAAUGUAGAGAAGUCAAAUCUAGAAAAUUCUGCAAAACUACGGGGAGAUUUAAGAAAUGCAAUUAAGAAGGCAAUGGACAAGAAGAGUAAAAUGUUAACAAAAAAGACUGAAAGUAAGGUGCAAACAGCCAUGACUGCUGCUGAAAAAGUGAACAGAAAGUUGGAGAAAAUGAGACGAAAGGAGGACAAAAAGUUGAAAGAGACAAAAGCAAAGCUAGAUCAGAAAGUUAAAGGGGUGAUGAAGAAAGUAUCUGAAAAGGUCGCCUUGGACAAAUCAUCUGCAGACACAAAUAUAAAACUACAAGCUCAAAAGAAACAGAUUCAAAGAGCCUUAGCAAAACUGAAGGCCAUUGGAAAGUCACAAUAUUCAAAGUUAAAUGAAAAAGUUGAAGCCAUUAUGAAUGAGAAAACUGGAAGUGUUAAUGACAAGGUAGACAGAAAAUUAGCCAAAAUCAAGGAUGCUGUCAGACAUACUAUAGAGUCUAUAUCCGCCACUGAAGACACAGACCACAAACAAUUAGAAGCAGUGCAGAAAAAAAUUGGUCGCUUUUUAAAUGAAGUCAAGGACAUAGAAAAGACAAGACAGAAGGAGAAUGUAGAAAUUACACGGGCAGAAGAAGAAAAGAGAACAGAUAAAGUGAACAAACUUUUGGCAGCAACAGCCAAGAAAGCAAAGAAAAUGCAACAAAAGAUUGCAAAGAAGAGUCAGCAGAAAGUAAGAAAGCUGAAGAAAGAGAUCAAGAUAAUGACAGAUAAGGUGAUGGAAAAUGUUUCUGAGCAAAAGAGAAAAGGAGCAGUGGCAAACAAAAUAUUAAAAGCAAAUAGAUUGAAACUUGGAAGAAAACUAGACGAACUGAAACAGGAGAUGAAGUAUAAGAAGAAAUUUUCUGAGCAAAGGGAACAGGAAGCAAGCUUAAAGGCAAACAAAAUAUUAAAAGAAAAAAGAUUGAAACUUGGAAGAAAACUAGAUGAACUGAAACGGGAGAUGAAGUAUAAGAAGAAAUUUUCUGAGCAAAGGGAACAGGAAGCAAGCUUAAAGGCAAACAAAGUAUUAAAAGAAAAAAGAUUGAAACUUGGAAGAAAACUAGAUGAACUGAAACGGGAGAUGAAGUAUAAGAAGAAAUUUUCUGAGCAAAGGGAACAGGAAGCAAGCUUAAAGGUGAAGAAAAUCAUAGAUGAAAUGAAAAAAGUCUCCAAACUAAAAAGUGAUUUAGCCAGGAAAGAAGAAGAACUGAGGAAACAAGAAACUGAAAUGAGGAAGGUAGCUCAGACCAUAAAAGAGGCACCAGAAAAUAAGGAUAGAACAAAAAAGCCCAUAUCUGUAGUAGCUGAGGGGGAAGAGGAAGUAUUGCAGGGGAAGGAAGCAGUGACCUGGAAAAAGAAGAAGCAUCCCAAAAUGAAAGUUAUCCCAGAUGAUGGAAAACAUAGGAAACUUCCAAAAGGAGCCAUCAAAAUUCCAGUUCAUAAGAAACCUGAAUCAACAAAGGAAAUACCAAAGCAACCCAUAAAGAGGCCAGGAAAGAAAAAGGAAAAACUAAGACCUCCCUCCAAGGGGAGGGAAGCAGUGACCUGGAAAAAGAAGAAGCAUCAAAAAAUGAAAGUUAUCCCAGAUGAUGGAAAACACAGAGAACUUCCAGAAGGUGCUGUGAAAGUUCCAGUUCAAAAGACAGCAAGGAGAAAGAAGACAAAGAAACCCUACUUUGAAAAGAAGAAACCAAAGCAACCUACCGAGACUAAAGUUACAUCUGAUGUUGGAACGGGCAGAAAACUUCCAGCAGGACCUGUAACAUUAACAUCUCAUAAGCAGAAGAUGGCCAUAAAGAAGAAAUUUCCUAUUAAAAUUUUCCGAGACAACGAUAGAAUCAGAAAAUUGCCAGCUGGAGCUGUAAAAGUAGCAUUUCAAAAGAGAAAAAUAAGACUUGGUGAAAAACUUGUUAAAGUUACCAAGGAAUAUAAAAUUGCAAAGAGGAAGGAAUUGAAAAUUAAGAAAAAGUUAAAAAUGACUAUAAAAGAGGAAAAAAGCCUCUCUUCAUUACAAGUGAAGUCAUAUAAGGAGAAGAAAUUAGUAGAAAAACAGAAGAAACAACUCAAGAAGAAAAUCAUUACAGACAGAAAAAAUUACAAAGCAACUGCAAAGAAAGUGAGAAGAAUGAGAGAGAGGAAGAAAGAUCUUGAAAGGCUUUUGGAGACACAAAAGCCAAAAAAACAGAAAGGGAAAACAAUAAAAAUAAUUCCAGAUGAUGGAGGAAAAAGGAAACUUCCUAAAGGAUCCACAAAAGUAGCAUUUCAAAAGGCAAACAAAAUAUUAAAAGAAAAUAGAUUGAAACUUGGAAGAAAACUAGAUGAACUGAAACAGGAGAUGAAGUAUAAGAAGAAAUUUUCUGAGCAAAGGGAACAGGAAGCAAGCUUGAAGGCAAACAAAAUGUUAAAAGCAAAUAGAUUGAAACUUGGAAGAAAAGUAGAUGAACUGAAACGGGAGAUGAAGUAUAAGAAGAAAUUUUCUGAGCAAAGGGAACAGGAAGCAAGCUUAAAGCCAAAAAAACAGAAAGGGAAGACAAUAAAAAUAAUUCCAGAUGAUGGAGGAAAAAGAAAACUUCCUAAAGGAUCCACGAAAGUAGCAUUUCAAAAGCUCAAGACAAAACAAGGGUGAAAUAUUCUGCAAAGAUGGGGCAUCAAAUCAGGGAUCACUACAUCACGUAAGAUCACGAGACCAGACAAAAUGCUCGAGAAAAUAUUGAAAACAGAUUUUGCCUGGAGCAAAUUUCUCGAUGCAUUAUUGUAUGACUGGAGAAACUUUAAAACCUAAUCAUUUCAGACAUAAUUUGUUAACUACAGAAUUGUAUAUCAAUGCAAACAAAGAUACCACAUUGUUUCAUCAUUUUUCCAAAUAAAAGUCUCAUUUUG